UCGUGACCCAUCGAUGGGUAUAAAAAGUCGUGCAGACCACGUUGACGGUCUCUUUUUACUCCCGAUCAUCGUGCAAGUAUUCUGUAAGCGUAGCUCCAAAGUCCCGAAAAAGUCGCAUCAUGAGCAAACCAGCGUACAAAGUUGCUGACAUCUCCUUGGCUGAUUUCGGUCGCAAAGAAAUCAUUUUGGCCGAAAAUGAAAUGCCCGGUUUAAUGGCCAUUCGUAAGAAGUACGGCCCAUCUAAACCCCUGAAAGAUGCGCGGAUUGCGGGAUGUUUGCAUAUGACUGUUCAGACUGCCGUUUUGAUUGAAACUCUUAUUGAGCUGGGUGCCAAGGUUACCUGGUCCAGCUGUAAUAUUUUUAGCACCCAAGACCACGCUGCUGCUGCCAUUGCUGCUACUGGUGUCCCAGUCUAUGCCUGGAAAGGAGAGACUGAUGAGGAAUACAUCUGGUGUGUUGAACAAACCAUCUACUUCCCUGAUGGACAGCCUUUGAACAUGAUUCUUGAUGAUGGAGGUGACCUGACCAACUUGGUUCAUGACAAAUACCCCCAAUUGUUGGAGGGCAUCAAGGGUAUUUCAGAGGAGACUACUACAGGAGUUCUUAAUCUUUACAAGAGGGUCAAGGAUGGAUCAUUGAAAGUGCCCACAUUCAAUGUCAACGACUCAGUCACAAAGAGCAAAUUCGAUAACUUGUACGGAUGCCGCGAGUCUCUUACGGACGGCAUCAAGCGAGCUACUGAUGUUAUGAUUGCCGGAAAGACCUGUGUUGUUGCCGGAUAUGGUGAUGUCGGCAAAGGAUCUGCCCAGUCAUUGAGGGCUUUUGGGGCUCGUGUUUUGAUCACUGAAGUUGAUCCCAUCAACGCUCUUCAAGCAUCGAUGGAGGGUUACGAAGUUGUCACUAUGGAUGAGGCUGCCCCAAAGGCACAAAUCUUUGUCACUGCCACCGGUUGCAAGGACAUUAUCCGCCCUCAACACUUUAACGCAAUGCGUGAUGAUUCCAUCGUCUGCAACAUUGGCCACUUCGAUUGCGAAAUCGACGUCAAAUGGCUUGAGGCCAACGCUGUAGAGAAGAUCACCAUCAAGCCUCAGGUCGACCGCUACCGUAUGGCCAAUGGUAAUCACAUCAUUCUCUUGGCUGAGGGAAGACUGGUUAACCUUGGCUGUGCCAUGGGACACCCUUCUUUUGUCAUGAGUUGCUCCUUCUCCAACCAGGUUCUGGCUCAAAUUGAAUUGUGGACCAAGCCUGGCCAAUACCCAAUUGGUGUUCACAUUCUACCCAAGAAGUUGGAUGAAGAAGUCGCUGCUCUGCAUUUGGAGAAACUUGGUGUUAAGCUGACCGUUUUGGAGCCGGAACAGGCCGGUUACUUGGGAAUCCAUCACGAGGGUCCCUACAAGCCAGACCACUACAGAUAUUAAAGCAAUCUAAAAUCUUGUUUUAAUUAAAACAUGUCCUUUUUUUGUUUAAUUUUUGUUUAUUUUUUACGGUUGCCAGCACGAUCUGUUCCGUAUAUUACCGCGUAUCAAAAUAUAAACCAGUUUCUUUCGAA